AUGAGACACAACUACACAGUCUUGGCUGACUUACCCAAGGCAAAGAGGCUCCACCACCAGGAGGCUUUUGAAAAAGAGCACAGCCGUGCCCGUAGUCCAGGCCGGGCAGAGGUGGAACGGAUCUUUGGGCAGGAACGCAGGAAGUCGGAGACACUGGAAGUGUUCCAAGCCCUGGAGGAGGGCCUCCUAGACCGGCUGGACAGUAAGUCCUUGAAGCUGGCCAAGGAAGGGCGGUUAGUCAGAAGGCAGUCAAGCCCCACCCUGUGCAGAGAAGUAAAGAAAAGAUUCCCAUGGGAGCCAGAACAGCCCAGGAAAAGAGCAUCUCUUUGCAUAGGAAGAUCAGAACAGCAACUCAAGAUAAGUAGCCAGAGCCAAGGUGAGUCUUCACACUUAAGGAGCCCAACUCAGCAAUUAGAGAGAGAAACCCAAAGUAGAGGGAUGCCUUGGUACUCAGCAACUUCAACCUCUCAGAAAAUGGAGAGAGAAGGAAGGAAAUUGGAGGAGCUUGUCCCCCAUCUGAGUUCCAGUGCAGAGAGUGCUGUCCUUCAUCCUACGACUCAUGGGAGGCAAAUGGAUAAUGGUAAAAAGAGCCAACUGGAGAUCUUGCAUCACAAGAGCCCUGGGAAGAAUGGCACAGAGACCAGAUGGAAAAGCUGUCUGAGUACCGUGCACACAGCUAAUCCUUCAAAGACUUUGGACAAGAAUCAAGCAAGGCUCACAAGGCAACUAGACAGGUAUAAAGAAAGUGACCGGAAGGCACGAGGCAAACCUUUGCUGCUUGUAGGUACAGUUGACCAGCCAAGAAAGGACAUAAGAGACUCCCAAGAAGUUAUUUGUACUGUUGGCCCAAGGAGUGGAAUUGCAGCUAGAGGGAAAGGUGGGCAACCAUUGGUUUGUUCAAGGCUUGGGCAUGAACAGUGGGGAGCCCAAGGAGAGAAAAAGCAUCCUUUUAAUCCUAGGAAAGAAAUGGGAUUCAGUUUGAAAAGCCAUCGUGCAGAGACCAUGAAUAGCUUUAGUUCUGGAAGAUCUACUUGCAGAAGCCAAAGAGAGAUUGGACACUCUUGCAGCCCAGGGAGAUGCAAGGAAGGCAGCUGGAACAGCUUGAGAAAGCUCAGACAUUCUCCAAGUCCUGGGAGCUUGAUGGAAAGUAGCCAAAUAUGCCUUGAGCAGACAAGAGGCUGUGCUGCUUCACAGCAGCACCUAGAGAAUAACUGGAAAAGUCAAAGGGAAGCCAGGAGUUUAAGGGACAGUACCAGUAGUGAUUGGCUAAGCAAAAAAGACCAUUCAAUUGCUUUCACUCAUAGGAAGGAGAAUGACUUGAAGGGUUGCAAAUCCUUUGCUCCCACAGACUGUACUGUUUUUGGACAGAAGAGGAUGGUCCAAGAUGCUCUUGUACACUCCGUCAGACCAGGGACUAGCCCAAGAAUCCAAGAAGGCUCCCAGAGCCAUGUGCAUCCAAUGUCAUCCUUGGAAAACGAGUGGGUAAGCCGAGGCAAGUGCUUCCAUUCUGCCAAGCCAGGGCAGCAGCAGUUGGAGAAUAACGGGGAAAACCAAGGAAAUCCAGUAAAAUGGGCAGAGGAUAAAUGGAUAGACUGGCAGAGGUGUCCCAGUCCCUCAACAGCAGAGAAGCAGCUGGGAAAUGAUGAGGAAAAGCUUUUCUCUCUGGUAAGAAAGAGAUAA